UUGCAUUGGUAAAGGAUAUUAAAAAAAUGGACGCAAACUGAUGAAAACCUGACGUGAACUGAUCCGUUUUUUCUUGGGAAAAACGUGACUAAACUGAUGAAAAAAAAAACGGAACGCCCGUAUGAAAUGGAUCAGUUUUUCGGUACAAAUACACUAGAGGUAAUUUUAGGUCAGGGGCGGACUGACCAUUUGGAAACUCGGGCACUGCCCGAGGGCCCGGGGUCAGUAGGGGGCCCCAUGAGAUGCCCCUGCUAUCUUUUUCAUAGUUUUUUAUGAGUUUGGGCAAGGACACAGGCCCCAUGAUCCCCUAUUGCCCAGGGGCCCCAU